UCUUCAUACACCGUGUCGUUUAACACCUCUGGUAAUAGCAUUCCACCCGAAAGCAGCUUUUACACAGUAUCAAUAAAAAACGAUAGAGAAACAUAUAAACCCCGUUUCAACGACCAAACGCGCGUUUCAAAUAAUCUAACCCCAAACGCUCGCGCUUGAUAAUCCAUUUUCCCCCUUCUUUUAAUCGAAAAUAAAAGGUGAAGAAAUCAAACAAUCCUUUCACUUUCGAUUACCGAAUCAAAUUCAGAAUCGCUUAAACAAUGACGACGGAAGAUAACAGCGUUAGGGUUUCUUCUUCCAAUGAAGCAUCUGCGACAAACGAAGUUUCACAAACAAGACAGAGAAAGAAGAGAAAGUGGGAUCAACCAGCAGAGUCAUUGGUAUCAGUUGGGAUGGCAGUACCCGGAGUUCUUCCUUUGAGCAAUGCUAUGCCUCUUGGUGGGGUUGCAUUUCCAGGUGUGACACCAGUGAUAUCCAGCGCUCUUUUGACUAAUCCAUUGGCUGCUGCAGCCCUGCUUCAGCAGCAAAGCACGGCGGCGGCCCAAAAAUUGAAUCAACAAAAGAUCCAAGAUGAGUUGGUAAUUGCUCGAGAAAUCGUCAUAAAUGAUGCAGAAUCUUCUCUUCGCUACAAGUUGACAAGACGCCAGACACAAGAGGAGAUCCAGAGGUGCACUGGUACUAUAGUUAUAACUAGGGGUAAGUAUCGACCUCCCAAUUCGCCGCUCGAUGGAGAAAAGCCGUUGUAUCUCCACAUCUCUGCAGGAGCUCAUAUAAAAGAUACGGCGGAACGGAUUUUAGUUGUUGAUCGUGCUGCUGCAAUGAUUGAAGAAAUGCUAAGGCAGGGGCAAAAUUCGCAGUCAAUUUCUUCUGCUUUACCUUCAGCUUUGGCUAAUGGAGUGAAGGUAUUGAGCACAUGUGUGUUUUUGGGAUUUGAUGCUGACCCAUCAUGGAACAUUGUUGCUCGUAUACGUGGACCAAAUGACCAGUAUAUAAAUCACAUUAUGAAUGAAACAGGAGCAACAGUAAUACUUAGAGGACGUGGUUCCGGAAACGAUGAAGGCUCAAAUGGAGAAGAUGGACAGCAACCUAUGCACCUGUUUUUGUCUAGUAACAAUGCAAAAAGCCUUGAAGAUGCUAAGUUCUUGGCGGAAAAUCUUUUGGAUACAAUCAGUAUGGAAUGUGGUGCUUCGAGGAUUUCAUCAUGUAAAGUUUAUAGUGCUGUUCCACCUCCACAGCCGGUAUAUACUGCUGUUCCACCUCCACAGCAGGUAUAUACUGCUGUUCCAUCACCCCAGCAGGUUUAUAGUGGCCCUUCAUUGUCAAAGCAGAUUUCUACUGCCAUUUCACCCGUACAACAAGGUUACAGUGCUGUUCCACCCCCACAGCAGUUGUUGGCUGGAGUUCAGUGUUCGGAGGCAAGCACAGACGUAACCACUACUUCAAUGUCAUUGACUGCAGUUUCGACACCAGUUCCUACAGCAAACAUGAUUGGUUAUGCUCCUCCUUUAGUAUCAGGUGGAACUAGCUAUAUUGGAUAUGGUGGAAUAUAUCCUCAAGCUACCCCAUUGCAACAAGUUGCUCUUGCCUUGAGGCACUCACCUCCUGUUGCUUCAACAGUUGCUCCCGCAACAUCGGCACCAAACAGAGAGUCCAAGUCUACCACAAACUCUAAUCAUGAAAAAGAGGAUAAACGGACAGCUCAGAGGCGAAAAUUUCAAGAACAGCCAGUUGUUUCAAAGGGCGCAAAACACAAUCAGGUAUUUUCUCUGACCUUCUAUGCUGACACUGGACCUGUCUGUUGGGCUGUUGGUUUAUGUUUGACAGGGUUUUCUGUUUUGGAAAGUUUGCUUGUGCACAGUAUACGCCCUUGCCAGUCCAAAUGUUUUAUGAUUUAUCUCUCCAUUGGUAAAGUUGUGGCAAGCUUGUGCUUUGCCCUCCAUUUUUGCAUACAUGGGCUCCAAAAGAAAAUAAAUACUAUAAUAAGAAAAUGAAUAAAAUUUAUACGUGAUUAAGAGUCACUAUUGAACAUCCAAUAUUUUUAAAACCAAGAUGAUGUCAGCCAUUUCCUAAGCAAAGCCAUCUUACUUAAAAUUUUGCAUCUCACUUUAACUAGUUGCCUCCACAAAAUCUUGUUAGACUAAUCCUACAUCCCGCGAUAUGAUUAGUUAAAAAUAGUUGUGUUCAUAAACUCAUCAUUCAUUAAAAAUAUCAAUUUUUUGAGUGCGACCCUUAAAGUUAACCCACCACUUGACAAAAAUCUCAGUUCUUUUUGCAAAACAUGUAUAUCUUGGUAUUUGGCAUCAAUGACUCAUUUGGCAUUGGCAUUGGCAUGAAAGCCCCCAAAAUAUUGGGAACAUUUGAGCUGCUAAUAUACAGUUAUGUUGCCAAUUAUACUAUUCGUUGACAUUUUUUUUUUUUAAGGAAUUCGUUGAUAUAUGUUAUCACAACAAAUUCCUAUUCGUGUUACGUUUCAAUUAUAUUAAUUAAUCAGCCACUUAAAACAGUUUUUGCGCGAAAAAUUUUCCAUUGACUGUUAUUAUCUGUGACAUUAAAUCAGGUUAUAGAAUGAUAGUUGACGAUAUUUGCCAGUUUAUCCUACCUUAUAUUGUUGUGCAUUGUUUUCUUUAUUUGUUUUAUUUUUUAUAGUUCAGUCUCAAUUUACUUGUAGUUUUGUGUAUUGGAGCAAUUAGUAAAAUAUCUGAUUCAGAAGUUGUUUGUAUUUUUGUAUUGUUCCACUCUAACUCAAUUGCAGGGAUCGGAACUUCUAAAACCUAAUGAACGAUAUGAGAACUUGGUUGUGAGGAAUAUAUCAACUAUGCCUGCUCCUAAGAAGUUGGUCCAGCCAUCGUCUAAUGGAAUUCCAGCACCCCCACCAAG